CUCUUGAGCAGGGCCGACAAGACACUCGCAAAAAACGAAACACGUACGGGCGUCGACGACUCACUUGUUAUCGGGCAUCAGACGAGCACGGAGACCUUCUUCUCGCUCGUCUGUCACACCCUGCUCAUCACUCUGCUGCCUUGUGUCCGUGCCCGCAUGGCUCGUCGGUACUCGUCUAUAAGGCACCUCACCUCGACACGCCCUACAGGUCUUGUGCCUGCACGGCUGGUCUUCGCGACAGCGGGACCUAGCCAGAGCCCCGGUGUAAUGGGGCUCCCAUAUUGAGAAGUACCUCAGUACGCGGCCGAGAGAGCUCCUAGACACACGAACACACACACACACACCUACACGAAAUGAGACUGAUGAUCGAAUCCGUCGAGCACCCACUGGGCAAAGCGGUCCUGCGAUUCGUCGAGGGCGAUGAGAUAUUCUUCGUUACGACGAAGUAUCGCCUGCCACCGAUGCACACACAUACACACACACACAGACUCGCACUCAUACACACAUACAUCCACGCGAGGUGGGGCCUGCCAGAUGGCACAUACAUCUGCCUUCUCUAGGUAAGUCUCGAAGUCGCUUGCGUCAUGAUGUGCGGCAGCUGAUUAGCGGAGGUGGAGAGGGUCAGAUGCAAACCGAGGACAGACAGACAGACGUAUUGCCCGUGCGUGUGCGUGUGUGCGUCGUCUUACUCUGUCCAGAGUCGGGCACCGAAGACCUGCUGGACGCCUGAAGAGCAACAAACACAACCCCUCCAGACACUAACCAUUCGCUCUUCCGUGGCCGCGCACCGCUGUUCCGAUCUGUGUUUGCCUGUCGGCUUCCGUGGCCGUCUGGCCUCCACGAGUGAGUGACUUGGCUGCCAUGAACAAAUGAGUGAGACAGACGCGAGGAAAGGUGCCUGCCGGUCAGGCACAUGCCAGUUCACUCGAUGCAUGUCCGUCACGUCACGUCACCUGCUUGUGUUUU